CUCAUAGGAGAAUGCCGACUUCACACAACGACUUUCGGAUACAUAUAACUUUGUCUACCACCGCAAAGCUCGCGAACCUCGGGCUUUAGGCUGCUGAGUGAACAGGGUGUCCGACAGCCACGGCCGUGCUGUUCCAGGACUCUAGACGGUAUACCAGGAUCUCUGUCUCGCCGUCGCACAAGUUCAAGCUUUUCCAUUUUCACGCUUUGGCUGCCAGAGUUUGUACAAAAAGUCCCACAAAAGCGGAUAUACCUGACGGGCUGGUCACGAUGUGUGAUUCCUCGGACGAUGACGACCGUCCCGAAAUUCCCAUGCUCCAAGGAGAAGAGAAUUUUGAGAUAUGGGAAUGUCUUGCCAUAAAUACCCUCAAGACGCUUGGCCUUGAGGGGUUUAUAAGGGGUACAGAGACACCUCCCCUUGGUAACACGCCCGAAGCUAUACAAGCGCUCAGGGGCUUCAAGAACAGAAGAUGGAAGGCCUGGAACCUCCUCAAUCAGAGUAUCCUGAUUGCGAGAUUCCACCAUCUUAUUUACAUCGACGGGUACGGCCCAUACGAUCAGCUGGAUGACUGCGAUCCAAAAUUCUGCGAUCCAAAAUUCCUAUGGGAUGGGGUGCAAAGCUGGUAUAACAACAUCGACAAAAAAACAAAACUCGACUUUCUAAGAGAGCUCACCUCCAUCCACUAUCGCCAAUUCGGUGACAUCGUUGCGUUUCUGAAUAGAGCUCAAUGGCUUCGACGGCGUCUUGAGCGUGCCGGUAUGCCAAUAGCGGAUGAGAUGAUGAAAACGUGUCUCUACGGAGGUGUGUCUCCGUACUACCACAGCAAAACUUUGGAAACUCGAAUAAUCGAGCGGUACAACGAUUUGAACUCCCAAGAAAUGAUUUCGGGUAUCAGAAAGUUCAGCAAGGACAUCCAAAGAGAAUUGAACAUUUACCAACAGGAGCAACAAGAAAUGAAGAGGCUGCGCGAUCGUAAUGGACAUUCUUCCGGACAUGGCGGCGGUUCAAGACAAGGCGGUCGUCGCUAUUGAGGGGCAUCUCAUGAUCUCUCUGAAUCGUGUCCCCUGGGGGUCCCUCUGUCACCUUUCACUGGUCAUCCAAAGCUCAGGUCGCUAGUGGUUCACAGAGGACGAUAAGAGAGGUUUCCGAUGCUGAUAAAUUGUUUCUCGUCUGUUCGAGCGCUCACGUUUGCGGUCGUUUCCCCAACUUUGCAAGAAGCGCAGACCAUAUGAACUUGAUAGGAGGGAAAAGGCUUCCUCAGGAACUUCUUUGGAUGGGGAGGAAAAGACGUGCCAGGCUCAGCUACUAGAGGGAAAUACCUAAGGUAGGUGUAGGUACUUGCAUAGAAAUCGACGUGGGAUGCUCCUUCCACACGGACACUUCCACUGAAUUGCCCAUCAUCAAACAUGUUAAGCAUGGCUCGCAACUCGGUGCUUUUCACUAACAUCGUCACCGAGACCUACGUCCUACUUCUCGACAAUGUACGGCUUCUCGUGCCUGUGCGCCUCCUGAUGCCCGCUGGCACGGACAGUCUCGCGAAACAUCCACUCUUCGACCGGCCAUCUCGUUGUGUUUGCCGCACAAUUCUCGCAGUGUCCUCUACCGGUACCUUACGGGGUUUAGAGUCGCUCUAUCGAUUGACUAAGUUCAAGAUCUUUGUUCGUAUCAGAUCUCUUCUUUUCUGAACUCGGUGUCGUUCAAAGAGCCUUGAAGUGAUGAAUUGAGCGUGGAGGCAUGCAACACAUCGACCCUGGGUUGUAGCAAAGAACAUCAAGUUCUCGUCACGGUGUUAUCAUGGC